AUGGACCUCGCAGAGACAAUCAAGUCUAUUCAACCUCUGAAGGGAGAGGUAGUCCCGAUCAGAACCAUCCAAGAGACUCAGCCACCUGAGAAAUUCGACGAUGCUUAUGUUGCGGAGGUCAAUGUGAAGGCUGCUUCUAAGGUGAUCAAGGCCCUUGACGCCGCCUUCCCUCGCGAUGUGUCUCUCCCUAUGUCACAUCUGCGCCGCUUCGCCAAACGGAAUAUGCUCCCCCAGCAUCUGCUCUCCGCCCUUGAAGCCGACAGUGCAACAACACCAACGACCAACGGACAGACCAUCUUCGUCUUGAUUUCACCCCCCUUGCCCGCAGUCGAGACAUUACAGACCCUGCUCGCUCCCUAUGCUCCCGUACCUCGCCGCCGCAGCUCCGCUACACCCCCCGUCAACUCUCCCGGUCUGUCUUCACCCAUCGCAAGCCCAGCUUCACCGGAACCACAACCUCCUAAAAUCCGCCUCCUCAAGACCAGGAUCCCUAUCUAUGCGCCUUUCAAUGCCAAUCAAGCUGAGCAAUGGACGAGGAAGAUGUGGCCAGUCGUCUUCAAUCCCGCCGCUCCCCGCUCCACCGUCGCUCCACCCCCUCAGAUCCUCAAUCGUGCGCUGGACUCGAUUAAGCCUCGUGCAGGAUAUUAUCUCUCUCUGGCGCGCAAGGUCGCCGAUGAAUCGAAACAGUCUGGCCGUGGUCGUGGUGUUGGCGCUGUCGUCGUCGACCCCGCCAUCGAAGCUGAGAUUGAGACCAAGGCCUGGGAACAAUGCCGCAAUGCCAACGAGCGGUGGAUGGAUGCCGUCGUUUCGGUCGGUGGCGACGCUCGGUAUGGACGCUCUGAAGCUGGUGCGCCCUCCCAAGCCGAUAAGCAUCCCGGGGUAGCCCCGAACCCAGCAAGCACAAGCUAUCAUGCCGACCUGGAGGGAGGGCCAGACCUUCAUGCGCUGAUGCGCGCGACGGAGCUGGUCGCUCGCCGGCGACGAGAGGAUACCGAGCAUCAGGCUCAAUACGCCAGUUCACUGACGCCCGUGAUUGCAUCUGACCCGCAGCUGUCCAACAAGCUCAGUCCCCUCGAGUCAUACUUCCUGUACGAAGUCUGCGGCACGCAUUCAACUGCCGCCCUAGACCAUCCUGUUGCCCCCUUGUCACCCAGAAAGCGCAAGCAUGAAGACCCGAACCCGGAGACUGGAAUGGCAUCACUGAACGUCAAUCCUGAGGCGUCGAUCCAGGAUACCCCAUCCAUUAUGCCCCUCCCAGCUCCACCGCCCUCGUCUAUGGCCCUGGCUGACCCCACUAUUCCGACCCCGAGCAUUGAUCCUACGAACCCAAUCUCAAAUGACGAAAGAAAUGCAACUCCUCUGCCGCAAACCUCUCGGAUUCGCACCCGUGCCGAGGGCGGGUACCUCUGCACCGACCUGGACAUCUACCUGUCCCACGAGCCGUGCAUGUGCUGCUCAAUGGGCAUGUUGCUCUCGCGCUUCCGGGCGGUUAUUUUCCCACGCACGGGAAGGAUGCUGAGCGGCGGAAUUGCGUCCGAGCCCAUUAUUGGCCCGACUCCUGUUGAUUAUGAUUCUGAUGACGACAAUAAAGAAAACAUCGGCAAGGGUGAUGAGACUGCUGCGGACCGCGUGUACUACGGGCUGCACUGGCGCAAGGAAUUGAACUGGCGCGCGCUCGGCUUUGAGUUCGUGGAGUUCGAGGGCGACGAGGAGGAGGGGAACUGGACGGAGGUUGUGGCGGAUCAUGGCGAUGGCGAGGACCAGGUCUUCCAUGCAUGA